AUGAUGUCUCGGAUUAUAUUAUUUAUGUUGUUAACCUUAUACGUGCAGUGUAAAAUUUGUCCGACUACAAAGAUUAUUAAUAGCGUUAUGAACUUCAAAAAAUUAGAAAACUGUUCGCAAAUUGCCGGUGAUUUGAUGAUCUUGUUACUGGAAAAUACUCAAUCUGAAAGUGAAUUCAAUGAUUAUGUUUUUCCUGACUUAUUAGCCGUUUCGGGUUACCUGUUGUUUUUUAAAGUUAACCACUUGACUUCUAUCGGUCAACUGUUUCCUAAUCUACAUUUAAUCAGAGGACAGAAUUUAAUCAAGGAUUACUCGUUAAUAAUUUUCGAUAUGCCCCAUUUAUUACAGGUAAGAUUAAAUGAAUGUCUUCAGAUUCAUAGGAAAUAA